CUAUUCACAGUUUUCUUAUUAGCAGCUGUGAGCGCAAUAUUUAAUUUUCGGCGGCUUGUUUCAAAAAAAAAGGUAAUAAUAAUUGCCCAAUUGGUGAGGAGCUUUUACAUUUUUAAUUAGGAUGAGCGCCAGCGAUGGGAUUUUUAAUAACUUACGGCAAAAACUUGAUGUUUUGGGUUACACACAAACAUUGCCAUUGGCUGGUAUACCGUUGGUUGGAGCGCUCUUCGAAGAUUUGGUCAAAUCCACGGAGAGUCUACGAGAUGCCAAGAAAAAAAUUGUCGACUUGUUAGAGGAAAAGGCAUGUUGGGAGUUGGGAGUUGAACCAUACAAGUGUGACAAUUCACGCCUGUUAGCUGAGUGCAAUCAGCUGCAUCAACAGAGUUUAAAGGAUCGAGAGGAAUAUGAACAGCGUAACUUCGAAUUAAGUCAGAAAAUCCGUAACCUUGUUACGGAUAAAAUCCACUUAGAGGAGCACUGCCAACAGUUGCAGCAGCAACUUGCAUCAUUGCUAGCAAAACAGCAAAGCUCAUCAUUUGCGCCCAAUAUGAAAAAUGCUAAAGAUAAAGUAAAGAAACCUUUUAUUAGCACAGUGCGUUCUGGCGAACGUAUACCACCACUUAUGGACAAUGCUAGUAAUUUACGAUGCACUAAAUGUAACACACAAACUAUACACUCGCAUGCACUAAAUGGUGGCGGUAGUGCCCCCAGCGCAGCAUUGAAAAUUGAGUUGGAAAAGUUAGAGAAUAGAGUAAAAGAUUUAACAGAGCAAUUGGAGUUCUAUAAACGAAAGAUUGAAUCGCGUGAUCGCGAAAUACGUCGCUUGAAUGAUCUACUUAUUGGUGGUCGCCCUCCCGCAGCACUUGCAAAGGACUGCUGUUUCAAAGAUGUGCGUGGUUUGUCCGAAGAUAUAGAAUUAUUGCAGCGAGAGAAAUCUCAGAGUUUGAAUAGGGUACGUGAGUACCAGGAACAAAUGCAUGAGGCCAUGGAACGUGCACUUUCGUUGGAGACCCAGAACAAGCAGUUGCAGAGGGAGCUUGAUGAAUUGAAAGAAGCGGCGCUGUCCGUGGAAACACAAGCAAAUACGGAAAUUGCACAGCGUGAAGAAGAGGUGGAAGAGUUGCAAAAAGAGUUGAAGAAACUGCGCUCAAGGCAAGAGAGGGUUGGCGAUAAUAGAACGCAGGUAGAUAGGAGAACCGAUGGCGUGGGACAUGGCAAUGCAUGUGAGACAAGCGCAGUUGCUACGCUGCAUGCAGACAAACGACGCCUAAAUGAACGCAUCAACGAGCUUACACAGCGCGAUACGGAACUGAAGAGUGAAAAUGAGCGCCUGCAGAAGAAAGUAAUCAAAUUCAAAGGAAAAAUACAUGGCAUGCAAAAAGAGCUUCAAGAUAAUGUGCAACAAAAAGAACAACGAAUCGACGAAGAUAAAGUUAGAAUCAAAUCUGAGCGCGACUUUUUCCAAAAAGAAUACUUGCGUCUGAUAAGUAAGGCCGGUUCAGAAAAGGAAAUUGACUUCCUACAAUCGCAAAUAAAAUCUAAGGACGAUGAACUUCGUUUGCUGCGCGCUGAGCUUUGUCUACGCCAACAGGAACACCUACUGCCGACGGUUGCCACAGCAAAUGCGGCUAAAAUUACCGCUCUAACUGAACGCUGCGACUUCAGACAAGCGCCACUAGCCAGCGCACGUUCCAAUAACUCUACUAAGUCCACAUAUAGUGCCUCAAGUAAUGAUUGCGUACAAGCUGUGGUCUUGCGAGCAGAGCGUGAACGUGAUUGCGCACGCGCUGAAUUGGAACGUGUUCGUUGCGAACGUGAUACGCUACGCGAAAAGCACGUGUCCAUGCUGCAAGCGCAAGCGAUGGAUACUCAAAAGUCCCAAGCACAUCUAAGCGAGCUGAAUGCGCGCAUACGACAGUUAGAACGUGAAAAUCGUGAUUUGAAUUCAGCGCGCGUACCAAGUGAAACGCAUAUUGUAUUGCUCAAGGAGGAAAUUGAAGAAUUGAAGCGAAGGCUUUUUGAAUUGCAAGAGGAAAACUCUAAGCUGCGCACCAAUCAAAAUCAGAUGAAAAUUUUGAAUGAGCAAAGAGAACGCACGCUUCAGGAAUGUCAAAGUAAGCUUACCAUAGCAGAGCGGCAGUUGCAAACCGCAGAUACGCGUUUAAAUGAUUUGGAUACAAAUCGUGAGACGACACAUCGUGAAGCUACACAGCUGCGCAAUGAAGUUGCUGCAUUGAAGAAAACUUAUGUGUCGCUUGAAAAUGAGAAAGAUAAAAUAUUGCAACAAUUAGAUGCCAAAACUGAACGUGCCUACCAGUUAGAGUUUGAACUUAAGAUUUGCAAGGAGAAACGAAUUGCUUUGGAAAAGGAAGUUAAAGAUUUAGAGGAUCAGUUAAG